AUGCAAGCAGAUAACGGUUCUGAAUCUAAUAAAGAUAAUAAUGAGAGUAAUAAUAAGGGCGGUGGGCAGCAGGCGGCGCAGCCACAACAGGCAGUGACGGCCGCCGUGCAAGGACAGCCUUGGGUGGCGAUGCAGUACCCGGCGGCGGCUAUGGUAAUGCAGCAUGGGAUGAUGCCUGCGCCGCAUUAUCCGCCCCACUACAUGCCGUACCAUCAUCACCACUUCCACCAGGUUCACCACCCACCAACGCCACCACCGCAGCAGCAUCAUAGCAACAGUAAUGGAGGAUCCAAUGGCGAGAACCGUACUAUCUGGAUGGGUGACCUCCACAAUUGGAUGGACGAGGAUUAUCUCCAGAACUGUUUCUCUUCCACCGGAGAGGUAGCCUCCAUUAAGGUUAUUCGUAACAAGCAAACAGGCUUUUCCGAGGGAUAUGGAUUUGUUGAGUUCUUUACACAUGCUGCUGCUGAGAAAGUGUUGCAAACUUAUUCUUGCAUUUCUAUGCCCAACACUGAUCAACUUUUCCGUUUGAAUUGGGCUACAUUUAGCAUGGGUGACAAACGCACAAAUAAUGGUUCUGAUCUUUCUAUAUUUGUAGGAGAUUUAGCUGCAGAUGUUACUGAUAGCUUACUGCAUGAAACUUUUUCUAGUAAAUAUCCCUCUGUUAAAGCUGCUAAAGUAGUCAUUGAUGCCAACACUGGUCGAUCAAAGGGCUAUGGCUUCGUUAGGUUUGGAGAUGACAACGAAAGAUCACAGGCUAUGACUGAAAUGAAUGGUGUCUAUUGUUCUAACAGGCCCAUGCGAAUUGGUGCGGCAACACCGAGGAAAUCAUCUGGAUACCAACAACAAUAUUCAUCCCAAGGUGGGUACUCAAAUGGAGUUUCAGCCCAAGGCUCGCAACCUGAUGGAGAUACCCUAAACACAACAAUUUUUGUUGGAGGGCUUGACCCUAAUGCCAGCGAAGAAGAUCUCAGGCAGCCAUUUGUGCAGUAUGGCGAAAUAUUAUCUGUAAAGAUACCAGUUGGGAAAGGAUGUGGGUUUGUACAAUUUGCUAAUAGAAAUGACGCUGAGGAGGCAUUGCAGAAGUUGAACGGUACAACAAUUGGAAAUAAAACUGUACGGCUUUCUUGGGGACGUAAUCCAGCAAAUAAGCAGUCGAGAGCUGAUUUUGGAAACCAGUGGACUGGUGCAUACUACGGAGGGCCUUUUUACGAUGGCUAUGGAUAUGCUGUGCCGCCCCAUCACGACCCAAGCAUGUAUGCAGCAGCAGCCUAUGGGGCUUAUCCUGUGUACGGAACCCACCAACAGCAAGUAAGCUGA